AUGCCGCACGAAGUCCCCGCCAACUGCACUAUCGAGACAUGUCCCCACGAAGCCGUCAUCAACUACUUGCCCGUCCUAUCUGGCAACAUCUUGUAUCUCAUCUUCUUCGGCAUUCUCCUGCUCGCCCAUACGUUCAUGGGCAUCCGGUACCGCACGUGGACGUUCAUGGUCGGAGUGGUGCUCGGGAUUUUUGGGGAGAUGGUGGGGUAUGCCGGUCGGUUGAUGAUGCGAAAUGAUCCGUUCAACUUCAAUACGGUGUUGAUCUCCCUCAUCCCACUCACGCUCGCCCCAGCACUCCUCUCCGCGUCGAUCUACCUCACCCUCUCUCGCAUCAUCACCAUCCGCGGCGCCCACCACUCCCGCCUUCGCCCGCCCACCUACACAGUUCUCUUCAUCGCGUGCGAUCUUACGGCCCUCAUCCUGCAGUCCGCGGGGGGCGCGAUGGCCUCGGGAAGUGAGUCCAACCCCGACCAGGGCAAAACGGGCCUGAAUAUCAUGAUGGCGGGUCUCGCUUUCCAGGUGGCGAGCUUGGCGCUGUUUUUGGGACUCUGGGCGGAGGUCGAUUGGAGGGCUCGUCGCGGGGCUGAUAAGCGGGUUGAAAGCGGGGAUGCGGCGGAUAUGUUUGUCGGGAUCAGAAAUACGGCCGCAUUCAGGCGGUUUGAGAUCGCCCUUGCAAUCUCCACCAUCCUCAUCUUCAUCCGCUCCAUCUACCGCGUCGCCGAGCUUGCCGGUGGCUUCGACAGCGAGCUAGCGAACAAUGAGCCUCUAUUUAUGGUGCUAGAAGGAAUGCUUAUCAUUUUAGCAAGCGGCCUCCUGGCUAUCUUCCAUCCCGGCCCGGCGUUUGGUGGGUGCUGGUUAAGUGCGGCCACGGCUAGGAGGCCGGAUAGUGCCGAUACUCUGGAGUUGGGCGGGACGACAAGAGUUAUGGUGUAG